UUUGCCCGACGGUCAUCGAAGGCAGCACCGCAGCGCGAAGUACAGACAGUGAAGUGUUAAAAGUGUAAUAGGAUGAAUGGAUAUUGAGGCGUGCAGAAUUUGAUUACGCCAGUCAGGGUUGUGGAAGGAGGACGCCUCGUUAUCUUACCGCUUAAAACCGAUUGCGUAAACUUUUAUAGGUAAGCACACAUGGUUUGGUGAAAUACCACUCAGUGUUUUAACCGAAGAGGUGACGCCCAGGCGGCGAACAUCUUAAAGUAAGACCUUAACGUCGUAAAAAUGGCCGCAGGGGGACGUCAUCGGGUCACCGUGGAGUAAAACGAGAGGAUGAAGGUUUACAAGUGAAGACAACACAACAUUGGACCCCAACCGAGUUAUUAACAUCUGAUUAUUGAAGCGUCAGCCUGGGAAAGAAGCAACUGCGGCGGCCCCAGGUGGAUAUUACGUCUGGUUUGUUCCUCCAGCUCGGAGGGAAACAGUUUCCAAGAGGAGCGCACGGCUACUGAAGACCACAGCCGACUCCAACCCCUGGCCGAGUACAACUCUGGGUAGCAGACAAGGAGGCUUUAUUUGCUCCUCUGUCUCCCAGGCCUGAGGAGACAUCCUUUGGGACAUCUGUCCGUCUGUUUUCGUCUUCGAUGGCGCCAUUACCCCCAACCUCGGGCUGGGACUGCAUCCCUGUCUCCGCUCCCCCGCCGAGACAGACAGUCACGGGGAUGCCUGGUUUAUCUCACACGGACGCUAAAUGAAUUACCAGCCAUUCCGAAGGAGCUCAUCAAAGCGGAGACUAGGAAUCCUGACUCCUCACCUGGACUUUCAGAAUCCGAAUCAUCUUUAUCUGCCAAUCUCAUCUCGAGUCGCCAUCAUUCUGUGCUGUACAGCUGACUACAAAAUGUCCUCCAAUGGAGACCUCAGCGACCUUGGGAGCUGUGAUAGUUUCUGGGAGCCGGGAAACUACAAGAGGACGGUGAGGCGGGUAGACGACGGACACAGACUCUGUAAUGAGUUGGUCGGCUGUUUCCAGGAGCGGGCUAAGAUUGAGAAGAGCUAUGCCCUUCAGCUCAGUGACUGGGCCAAGAGGUGGAGAGGUGUGGUCGAGAGAGGGCCUCAGUAUGGUACACUGGAGAAGGCGUGGCACGCUUUCAUGCAGGCAGCUGAUCGGCUCAGUGAGGUGCAUCAGGAACUCCGUGACCGGCUAGCAGCAGAAGACAGUGAGAAGUUGCGAAAUUGGCAGAAAGAAGCCUUCCACAAGCAGAUGAUUGGAGGUUUCAGGGAGACAAAGGAGGCUGACGAUGGCUUCCGCAAAGCACAGAAACCCUGGGUCCGCAAAUUAAAAGAGUUGGAUUCAAGUAAGAAGAGCUACCAUCAGGCCAGGAAGGAGGAGUGGUCAGCUGUUAACAGGGAAACACAUGCUAAGGCUGACCCAUCUAAGUCUCAAGAGGAAGUCCGCAAAUAUUCGGCCCGUGUGGAGCGCUGCAACCAGGAGGCUGAAAAAGCUAAAGUGCGCUAUGAAAAGGCCUUGGAAGAGCUGAACCGCUGUAACCCUCGCUACAUGGAGGAUAUGGAACAGGUGUUUGACCUCACCCAGGAAGCUGAGCACAAGAGGCUGUGCUUCUUUAAAGAGGUCCUGCUGGAUAUCCACACGCACCUCGACCUGUCCAGCAAAGAAGGUUUCCGAGAGCUGUACAGGGACCUGGGUCAGACCAUCCGAGCAACUAAUGAGACAGAAGAUCUUCGAUGGUGGAGAAACACCCAUGGACCAGGCAUGACCAUGAACUGGCCACAGUAUGAGGAGUGGACUCCAGAGACAAGUUGGACCAUCAGCAGGAAGGAGCGAGGUAGACAUUCUGACGACAAAGUAGUCACCCUCACCAACAUCGUUUCCUCGGGAGGAAAUGACAUCCCACCUAGUCCCAUCACCCAGAAUGCUAUCAGGGUUGUAAAAGAUGAUUCUUCUGACUGGUCAGACGAGGAAAACCCAAAGAAGUUGGCUGUGAACGGUGUUGGCGAAGCGGGGCACAGAGAGGAGCAGGUAGAGGGUGUCCGCGUCCGAGCGCUCUAUGAUUACUCGGGCCAGGAGGCUGACGAGCUCAGCUUCAAAGCAGGUGAGGAACUGCUGAAGCUGAGUGAGGAAGACGAGCAGGGCUGGUGUAAAGGACAACUGAGCAGCGGCCAGGUGGGCCUCUAUCCCGCCAACUACGUCCAGCUGGGCACUUCCUAAUGACCCGCCCUCUCUGUUCAGACGGCCAAUGGUACAGCUAGACUCAAGAAACCAGGACGAAUCCCAAAGCUAUCGGUGCUGUCAUUGAGGCAUGGCCAGACAAUGCCGGAUUAACGUCUAAAUCUCAUCACUGAGUUGUUGUUUUUUCUUCUCUAUUUGUCUGUUGAUCACAUAAAGAAACACACAGAAAAUCUCGUUUGAAACAUGGAAAGAAUCACCAAGCAAUUUCCAACAGGUGUUAUUAAACUGACACUUUUCCUCGUACUGUACUAUCACUGGUUAUCGGUUUACGUCUGCAUUUCAUUAAAGAAGAAAUCCCUCAUGUAGAGGGAGCAGGAGGCGGGAACACUCAACCACAGCUGUCAUUUAACUUCAUCAUACCCGUAUAUAAGUAGAAUCUAGUUUGAUGUCUAGAAAAUAAGUUGGAUGUCAAUUAGUGGUAUGCUAUGCUCGUUAGCUCAUAUGCAUUGACUUUGCCAAAUGCUAGCCAGGUGCCACGCUAAACUAACCUGUGGCAACCCUUUAUGAAAUGUAGCAAGAGCUUUAUAAUAAUAAUUUUUCAACACUAAAAUUAUAUGAAAUAUUGUAAACAGAAAGUUAUAUUUAAAAGUAAGAAUAUAUGUUUAAAACACAAAGUAUGAGUGUAGCUGUAGUUUGCUUUGCUUUCACUUGUAUUUGUUCCCAAUAUAAGGAGGUAUUUUGUGAUAUUGAUUCAAGUCAAUCUGACGCUGCCACCUUCUCUUACCCCCUUUUGGUUGGUUUUAUGAAUCUAUCUUGGUUUUUAUUCAUCUAUCUAUUUGUUAUUGUAACACUUCAUUCACUUUACCUUUGUUCUGCAUUUAAUAGUUUAUUUUGGUUAUGUUAGUGUAGUAUUUUUUUUUUGUUUACAAUCAGUUAUGGUUUCCAACCACUGUAUAUUGUGGAAUACAACCCCAAUUCCAAUGAAGUUGGGACGUUGUGUUAAACAAAUAAAAACAGAAUGCAAAGAUUUGAAUAUCAUGUUAAACCUAUAUUUAAUUGAAUACACUACAAAGACAAGAUAUUUAAAGUUCAAACUAAUAAACUUUGUUUUAGCAAAUAAUCAUUAACUUAGAAUUUUAUGGCUGCAGCACGUUCCAAAAAAGCUGGCACAGGUGGCAAAAAAGACAGAAGGUUUUUGCCAUUUGUGGAUAAUGGCUCUCGCUGUGGUUCGCUGGAGUCUCUAAGCUUUAGAAAUGGCUUUAUACCCUUUUCCACACUGAUAGAGCUAAUUACUUUCUUUCCCAUUUGUUCCUAAAUUUCUUUAGAUCUCGGCAUGAUGUCUAGCUUUUCAGGAUCUUUUGGUCUCCUUGACUUUGUCAGGCAGGUCCUAUUUAAGUGAUUUCUUGAUUGAGAAGAUGUGUGACAGUAUCAGGCCUGGGUGUAGCUAGACAAAUUGAGCUCAGGUAUGAUAAACCAGUUAUGUUUUAACAGGGCGGUGCAAUCACUUUUUCACACAGGGCCAUGUCGGUUUGGAUUUUUUUCUCCCUUAAUAAUAAAAAACAUUUUAAAACUG